AUGAAGCUGGGAGGACUGUUGGCUCCGGGCAGCCAUACAGACAGCAUGCAAUCUCGCGAAGCGCUAAAAUGUUUGUCGAACUGUCUCCUGCUUCAAGAUCACACAAAGGACUUUUUUGUGAAACAUGACGGCGUGCCAGCGUGUUUCCAUCUUCUCAAAUCCUCCACACUCAGCACUGAAUCGCAAUUUUUGACAUGCCGAAUCCUAUUCUUCAUGACCGUCAGCAAUCCCGACGUUGUGCAACAACUGAUCCGCCUCGACAUCCCCUCAGUACUCCAGAAUGUACUUGUGAGCAAUGUCGCUAAACUACUCGCUAAUGAGCCCCAAGUUGGACUUAUCAACAAUGCUUCUGUGACCAACGAAGCACUCAAACUCUUGUUCAACUUGAUGCUGGUGGAUCUGCGGGCACAUGUGGGAGAAGAGGAGGGUGCAGAGGAGGUUGGCAUGAAGUUCAUUUGCUGCUUGCCACCGAUGUUGGACAUUACGUUUAAUAUGCCGCUCGCACAACCCAUGCCGCUCGUCCCGCCAUACACCCACGCGCUCCAUGCCUUGAUGCAGUACCCAUAUUCUGUGAUGGCUAAAGCCUGGUACUCGUACGAUCAAGUCAAGUGCCAUCACACCACGCCUGAAGGUGGACGGGAGAUGGUUUCCCACCGUUUGUGCGACAUGCUCGACGGCGCACUCGCGUACCUGAUACCUAGUGGCGACCCAGACGACCUCGAGUCUGUUACCACUGCUUCGGGAUUAAAUAUCGAUGCGUCUUUGUCUCCUUUGAUCUUGGUGAUCCGCGUCAUUGCAUGUGGCGAGCCUGGCUUUGUUGAAUACUUUAAAAAGCGAAUGCUGCCGUCUGAAAAGUAA